AAACAAAACCAUUUUCAUUCUUGAUUUAGUCAGAUUUCGCAUUUAAUAAUAUCGAGGAUAUGAAUAAACCCAAGAUUACAUUCGGUGCUAUUAAAUUAAAUGUUAGUGCACCAAAAACAGUAGAGAAUGCACAGCCUGAAACAUCCGGAUUUGGUGUUUUCAGUAAGGCUGAAUCUAGCAGUAAUUUUAAAAAAAGCAUUGAGGACAUUGAAGGUCAUCUCGAGUCCACGAAAAUUGAAGAAAUGAUGGGUAUCAGUGGAUUUGGGAAGAAAGCAAAAAAGUUUGAUAUUAAAGAAAUGAUGCAAAUUUCCCGUAAAAAUUCUAAAAGAGUCGAAAGAGAUCCAAAAGAAUCAGAAGUCAAUGAAGACGAUGAAUAUAUUGGUCCUUUGCCAUCAAUGGUUUCAGAUUUUAACAAAGAAAAACACGACAAAACAUCCAGUAAAUCAGAUGAUGAUUCAGAUUCAUCAGAUAGCGAGGAAGAGAGUAAUGAAGAGAAUAAUAUUUCUUACAAAAUUCCAGCUUCGCAUGAAAUACAAAUGAAUCAUGGAAGUAAAGCUAUCACAGCUUUAGCAAUGGAUUCCUCUGGAUCACGAUUAGUUUCGGGAAGCAUUGACUAUGAAUUAUGUUUCUGGGAUUUUGCUGGAAUGGACAAAUCAAUGAAAUACUUUAGAAAAAUACAGCCUUGCGAAAAUCAUUUAAUAAAAUGUGUAAAUUAUUCCUUAAAUGGAGAAUUAAUUCUUCUUGUAUCGGGCAGUUCUCAAGCAAAGAUUAUUGAUCGCGACGGAUACGAGAAGCUUGAAUGCGUUAAAGGUGAUCAAUAUAUAACAGAUCAAUCAAAAACCAAAGGUCAUGUCGCAGGAUUAACUUCAGGUUGUUUUCACCCGAUUAAGCGUGAUGAGUUUUUGACAAGCUCACUUGACUCAACGCUCAGAUUGUGGAUUACAAAAUCGAAAGAACAAAUGCAAGUUAUAAAGACACGAGAUAAAGGCGGACUUAAAACUGCCCCAACAGCAUGUACAUACAACAGAGAUGGAAAUUUAAUAGCUGCCGGAUGUAUCGAUGGUUCCGUGCAAAUGUGGGAUUCAAGAAAAAUGUUUGUAAAUACUACUCACUGCAUUCGAAAUGCUCAUGUAGCAGGAAGUGAAAUUUCUUCAAUUAACUUUUCCUAUUUGGGCAACACUUUUGUAACGAGAUGCUCCGAUGACACGAUGAAGUUAUGGGAUAUGCGUAAUAUGAAAACAUCUCUUAACAUAUUUAAUGAAUUAUAUUCAAGAUACGACACUUGUGAUGCUAUCUUUUCACCUGACGAUUCAAUGGUAAUUACAGGAGAGUCAUUAGACAAAACUAAAAACUAUGCGAAUCUUUAUUUCUACGAUACAAAGACAUUUGAAUGCAUUAAUCAACUACCAGUUUCACAGUCGCACAUUGUUAAGGUAUUGUGGCAUCCAAAAUUAAAUCAGAUUUUUUGUAGCACAGGAGACGGAAAAGUAAAAGGAUAUUAUGAUGAAAAUAGAAGUAUGAGAGGAGCUAAAUUAUGCAUAGUAAAAACUUAUAGAAAGAAAAAACAAACAGAAAUUUCGGGAAGUAUUCAAAUUAUUACUCCACAUGCGCUUCCAAUGUUUCGUCAAGAGAAAAAUCGCUCUCUAAGGAAACAGUUAGAAAAGAAUCGUCAAGAUCCUGUUUUGUCACGUAGACCUGAUCUACCAAUUACUUCGGGACAAGGUGGAAGAGUUGUAUCUUCAGGAGGAACUUUAUCAUCAUAUGUCAUUAGGAACUUAGGACUCAGCAAAAAAAUUAAUGAUGACAAAAAUCCACGUGAAGCUAUUCUGAAAUAUGCAAAGGAAGCUGAAGAAAAUCCCUACUGGAUUGCGCCAGCUUAUCAAAAGACACAGCCAAAACCAAUCUUUAAUACAGAAGAACUAAUUAAGGAGACUGACGAUGAUUCUGGAGAGCCGAGCAAUAAAAAAAGUAAAAAUGUUUAAUUCAACAAUAUCAAAAGAAUGAAUAAAUGAAAGAGAGAUCAGAA